CAUCACUCUUCUUCAAAUUACAACCGCUGAACUUCCAAAAGAUUUUGGUAAAUCUCAUAACAGCAAUAAACCAAAUAUUCCGUUUGGUACCAUGUUAAAGGACAAAGAUUCGUCUGCUACUCCGACUCCAACUCCAACGUCAUUAUCAUUACAACCUUCAACCAUCGAGCAUUCAGGAAACGUUAUAUCUACAAUGACCAUGCGUGUUACGACUGUUCAUCAUUCUACGACACCUAAUUCCACCUCUAAACCUUCGAUUAGCGAUAGUGGUGCGACGAUGAUUGGCGAAACAUUAAAUCGUGAAUUUUGGGGAAUCAUGGUUGGCGUUUUGUUAGAUGAUGAUGGCACAUUUCACACUUUAGUGGAAUGA